GUAGAGGUCUGAAGAGUGCACGUCAUUUGAGUCCUGACCGUCGUUGGACACAGGUACUGGUGUGUCUCCGAGUCCAGCCUUGAUCAUGUGGCGCGGACUCUGCGCGACGCUGUUCUGCGCUGUCCUCAUCGGCGCUGACUCCUUCAAAAGAGCCGAGAUGUCUCCGUCACCUUUCCUCCUGAGCUCGCGCUACGGUCGUUCUCCCCAACGUAUGAUGGCACCACGAAACGACAGAUUUUUCAUGAGUGGUCGUUACGGGAAACGUGCAGAGCUGGCGAAUGAGAGAGACAACACAUACGACAUCAGCGAAAUAAUUAAUACGAACGAAAGAGACAGAUAUAGAGCUGGUGGCAGGGACAGGGAGAGACAGGAAAUAUUGCGUAAAUGGGAACCAAAUUGCGACUGCCUCCAGUACCAACGAUCAGGCUUGUUCCAGAACUAUUAUAAAAGGAGACCGGAAACCCUGGAAUUCGCGACGGAAGAUAACUAAGCUGACUUGUAUGAAAAAAAAAACAAGAAUCCCACAACAGCCUGUACAACUAUUCAAGUAUAAAACAUGUUUAUUCUUAUCUUCUACUGAAACAAAAUCUCGAUUCUUCAACGAUUCAUUAUAAUCUUUAAUAUUAAUAUAAUAAAAUAUUUAAAAUUGUUAUUAACAGAAAUUAGAGCUCGCCGCUAAGUUUCGCAAAAAUGUGGGACAGAAUAAGACAGGGUGGAAAUUCAAUUUGAAACUAAUUUCGGUUAAGAAUAAUGAGUUGUUUAAAAAAGUUCACUAUGUUUGA